ACUUUCCAUAAAUGCAGUGUGGACUUUUUACAGAUGAAACCCCUUCCAUUAUGACACUCCCUUCCUGUAUCUGUCAUAAAGGCCUAUGCAUUCUUUGUCCUUUAGUUACACAACUAAAUCUAGUAGCUGUCACUUACCUGUCAUGCUGUAGGUCUGCUCUCAUGGUGCUGAGAAUGCUUAGUACUGUAGCUGUCACUUACCUUUCAUGCUGUAGAUCUGCUCUCAUGGUGCUGAGAAUGCUUAGUACUGUUGUAGCUGUCACUUAUGUAUUCUCUGUAUGUAUUAGGUAUGAACCCUUGGACACACAGGUACCUCCAGCGCUCCCUCCUGCCUCAUGUUCAGCCCCUGUCCCUUGUAUCCACCCCAGGCUUCUGAACUUGCCCCAGUGGGGUGAAGACCAGAAGAGGGUGAUGUCCUUCCUGUCUCCAAGUUCUGCCUCUGAAUGUGAUGGGGGCUGCAGGGCUCUCCAGAGGGUGGUGAGGUCUGCACAACGCAUCACCGGGGGCAAACUACCUGCCCUCCAGGACACCUACAGCACCCGAUGUCACAGGAAGGCCAUAAAGAUCAUCAAGGACAACAACCACCCCAGCCUGUUCACUCCAGUAUCAUCCAGAAGGCGAGUGAAGAAGUUCAGCGAUGUUCCACAGUGCCAGAAGUUCUUCCUGGAGGGGAAAACUCCAAAUCUCCCAGGUAUUUUGGUUGAUGGGAUGGUCCAGAACCAGAACCGCUACAAGCCGAUAUGCCAGUUGUUCAACACAAUCUACAGGUUUGCAACUCUCUAUGACACGACCAACAGGAUCCCUGUGUUCUCAGCCUACACCUUCUCUGGUCCUCCUACAGACCCCAGACCACAUCAACCCUGGAUGAUGGAGCCCCAGCUCAACGGGGAAAACAACAGCCCUGAAAUGAAGAUUAUGGGAGAACACUCUCAACACCAGGCUGGGAACGACGACUAUAUUAACUCAAUACAAAAGAAAGGGGUGAACAGAGGUCACCUCUUCCCAUGUUCACAUGCUCAUGACCUUGAUACUCAGAAGUCCACCUUUACCCUGACCAACAUCGUUCCCCAGGUGGUGUCCUUCAACAAUGGCAGCUGGAGAGAAAUGGAGGAACAUGUCAGAGGAAAGCUGAUGACGGACUGUUUUAGUAACGACAGGAAGAUAAAGGCCUAUGUGGUGACUGGAGCAGUGCCCAGUAAGAGCAACACACUGAACGACGCACUGAAGAACGCACUGAACGACCGAGUGAACAUCCCAGAUCUCAUGUGGACAGCCUACUGCUGUUUGGACAAGAAGAAAAAGUGGAUGGCUGAAGCACACUGGGGGAGGAACAAGAAGGUCAAGAGGAAAACAUUGAACCCAGAAACCUUGGGAGCACUCGAAGAGAAGUUGAGCGAAUUUCACCAAGGUGGCCGUGUCCAGGUGUUCCCAAAGGAUUGUCCAAGAGGUCCUAAACCUACCACUCCCUCUAACCAACCCAGUUGGAAGAAUUCUCUUAAAAUAAUUUCUUCCAAAGUCAGGAAUCUUUACAAUUCCAUGAUGAAUAGAAUUGGAUGAUCAAGGUACAGAUGCUCAGACUAUAUCAACAAAUGAUCAACUAAACUCUGUUGAAAUGAUGUUGAUAUGCAACCACUUGUUAUAGUUAGAGUAAUGAUUAUAAGGGUUAUAGUGGUUAUAGGGGUUAUAGUGGUUAUAGUGGUUAUAGUGGUUAUAGUGGUUAUAGGG